GCGCGGCAGUGACGUCACGGCGCGGCGGCGCGCGAAGGUCACGGGGCGCGCGGGGCGAUGGCGGCGGCCGGAGCGUGCCGGAAAUGUCUCCUGAGUGGGCUGUGGCUCCUCUCCAGGCGUUACCCCAUCCCUGCCUUCCCCAGCAGUGCCCUGUACAGGAUCAGCAGCCCUGCCCUGGCCCCCCCCCAGUCCAGAUGCUACUCCUCAGGAGGAAGGAAAGGAUUCAUCUCAGGUUUUGUGGAGAACAUCAAACAGGAAUUAGCCAAAAACAAAGAGAUGAAGGAAAGCAUCAAAAAAUUCCGAGAUGAAGCGAAAAAGUUGGAGGAGUCGGAUGCUCUGCGGGAAGCAAGGAGGAAAUAUAAAACCAUUGAAUCUGAAACAGUGAAGACCUCAGAAGUGAUUAAAAAGAAACUUGAAGAAAUAACAGGGACGGUUAAGGAGAGUUUGGAUGAGGUCAGCAGGAGUGACCUGGGCAGGAAGAUCAAGGAGGGCGUGGAGGAGGCGGCCAAGACGGCCAAGCAGUCGGCAGAGUCGGUGACCAGGGGAGGGGAGAAGCUGGGCAGGACUGCAGCCUUCAAAGCCAUCUCCCAGGGAGUAGAAACUGUGAAGAAGGAGAUAGAUGAGAGUGUCCUGGGCCAGACAGGUCCCUACAGGCGCCCGGAGCGGCUGCGGAAGCGAACGGAAUAUUCUGGAGAGAGGGUCAAGGAGCAGAGAGUGUUCCAGGCCAAUGAGGAGGCCAUGGGCAUGGUGCUGCAUAAAGACUCCAAGUGGUACCAGCAGUGGAAAGAUUUCAAGGACAACAACGUGGUUUUCAACAGGUUCUUUGAGAUGAAGAUGAAAUACGACGAGAGCGACAACGCGUUCAUCCGAGCGUCGCGGGCUGUGACCGACCGUGUCACCGACCUGAUCGGGGGUCUGUUCUCCAAGACCGAGAUGUCGGAGGUGCUGACCGAGAUCCUGCGGGUGGAUCCGUCCUUCGACAAGGAUCGCUUCCUCAAGCAGUGCGAGAGGGACAUCAUCCCCAACGUCCUGGAGGCUCUGAUCUCUGGAGAGCUCGACAUCCUCAAGGACUGGUGCUACGAGGCCACCUACAGCCAGCUGGCCCAUCCCAUCCAGCAGGCCAAGGCCCUGGGGCUCCAGUUCCAUUCCAGGAUCCUGGACAUCGACAACAUCGACCUGGCCAUGGGGAAGAUGAUGGAGCAGGGCCCUGUGCUGAUCAUCACCUUCCAGGCCCAGGUGGUGAUGGUGAUCAAAAACCACAAAGGGGACGUGGUGGAAGGGGACCCGGACAAGGUGCUGCGGAUGCUCUACGUGUGGGCGCUGUGCCGGGACCAGGACGAGCUGAACCCCUACAUGGCCUGGAGGCUGCUGGACAUCUCCUCCUCCAGCACAGAGCAGGUGCUCUGAGCAGGGCAGGGCCCUCCCAACCAACCCCUGCCAGCAGCUCCGGGCUGGGAUUUGGGGCUUUGGGGAUUUUGGGUUAUCCCGAGCCCUGAGGAGCAGGGGCAGCUCCUGCUCGGGCCUGGCUGGGAUGGAGGAGCAGCUGCUGGUGCUGCUCUGUCCUCUGGGGUCACCCACAGCUGCCACUGUCACUUCUGGCCCCUCUGGACACCCUGGAGAGGCCUUGGAGGCUCCUGGCUCCUCCCUGCCCAUCUCCAGCCUCGUGGCCCUGCCCUGUCUUUGCACUUUCCCAAACCAAAUACAACCAGGACUUUGCACAUGGAGGUGUUGGAUCCUCAGGUUGUGGUGGGAUGGGGCUGAGGUUGGUUUAUCCACAGCUUGGCAGGGGCAGUGUUGGCCACAGAGAGCCACAAGUGCAUCCUUGGGGUGUGGGGAGGGGGAGGGACAGGAGGCUCUGAGGAGUGGGGCUGCUUUGGGAACUCUGUCCCAAAUUCUUCUGUCCCAUCCUGUCUCAUUCCCAGGAGGAAAGUUCUCCUUGCUCAGCUCUCUGCUCCUCAUCCCAGCUCCAGGACCAGAAACUUCCCCAGUUUGCUGCUGGAGCCUGGGGUGAAAUC